AUGAUAAGCGCAGCCUCCGCCGGCGGUUUUAACUUUCCCUAUCUGUCAACAAUGCCCGCGUGAUUACGAAACCGCGCGGAAUGCCCCAAACCGCCUGCGCCUCGCUUUAAAGGGCCCGAAAUCUACGGUUUCCCCUUCUCUCUUCUCUUCCGCCUUUGACCUCUAUGAGCGCCAUGCCCGCCUCCGACGCCGUGCUCACCCAGAUCCUCGGCCAGCUUGAGGCGCUGCAGGUCCAGCAGCAGGCCCUCACGGCCAAGCUCGACGACCUGACAGCCGACCGCCCCUCCCUCCACAAGCCCGCUUCGGCAGAUGUCGUGCAUACGCUCACGGGUGCGAGCACGAUGCAGCCGCCCAGUGGUUCGCCGACGACGAACGGCCAUCGCCCGCUCGACGAUAAGGAGCGCGAGAAGAUCCUCUACCCGGGGCGUGUCCUGCUGUCCACUUACCCCGACCAGCACGGCAUCGACCCGCAUCCGAUGAACUGGGGCGCGUCGGACCCCACUGUGCGCGGCGCCGUCGUCUGCUCCCGCCUCCCCGCAUCCAUCAAGCGCCGCAAUGCACUGGGCGCCCACUCCGGCUCGUACUCAAUCUACCGCGCGCUCUCCAUCGCCAUGGGCUCGCUCUCGCCGUCGCACAAGCCCGACUACAGCAUGACUGAGCCGCCGGUCGACAUCCCCUUCAACCCCACGUGGGCGGAUCCGUCUAAGAUCGUGUCCUUCGACCCGUGGGGCCACCUCGUUCCCCAGGUCUACAAGAAGGAAAUCGACGGUGGGCUCGACGUCCGGCCGAGCAUCGCCGUCACGCGCGCACACAUCAAGCUCAGCGAGCUCGAUGAGACCGCGCGCAAGGGCGAGCUCGAGAUUGACGGCAAGAUCGUGCUCAAGAGCCGCCCGCUCACGAACGCGGAUGGCACGGAGAGCGACGCGUUCAGCGGGAUUGAGGUCAACGUCAGCAAGGCCGCGGUAGAACCCGUGUGGUACCUCCCUGGUGUGGCGGAGCGCUUCGGGAUCUCCGAGGCCCUCCUCCGUCGCGCUCUCUUCGAAGAGACUGGCGGCAUGUACCCGGAGCUCAUCACCCGGCCCGACAUCAAGGUCUUCCUGCCCCCCAUCGGCAAUCUCACUGUGUACAUCUUCGGGCCGCCAGAGUACAUGCGCGACGAGUCGAAGGAGCUCACCCUACGUGUGCACGAUGAGUGUAACGGCUCAGACGUCUUCGGCUCCGAUAUCUGCACGUGCAAGCCUUACCUUGUCUACGCCAUGGAGGAGUGUAUUCGCUGCGCCCAGCGCGGCGGAGUCGGCGUGGUCGUUUACUUCCGCAAGGAGGGCCGCGCUCUCGGUGAGGUCACCAAGUAUCUCGUCUACAAUUUGCGCAAGCGCGGCGGCGACACGGCGGACAAGUACUUCAAGUCGACGGAGCUGAUUGCGGGCGUGAAGGACAUGCGCUUCCAGGCCCUGAUGCCCGACGUGCUGCACUGGCUGGGCAUAAAGAAGAUUGACCGGAUGGUGUCGAUGAGCGAUAUGAAGUACGACGCAAUUGUUGGGAGCGGGAUUCCGAUCAACUUGCGCUAUGACUUGCCGGACCACCUCAUCCCGCCCGACUCGCGUGUCGAGAUCGACGCGAAGAUCGCCUCGGGCUACUUCUCGAGCAACAAGAAGAUUACGGAGGCGGACCUUGUCAAGACCGUUGGCCGCACUUGGGAGGAGGCGGAACAUUGAGUGGGGGGUGUCGUCUAUAUUUGGGAGGAAAAGCUGGUCAUCUGGGUGCUCUCUCGCUUGGUUUGGAUAGAUCUCGUGUUUCCUGUACUACACCUGCUCGAUGUAAUACCUAACAACUGUGUAAUACAUUGCAAAUCCUUUGCAAGAAA